AUGCCCGAACUACUCGAGACGCUCAUCGCGCACAACAUCUCGAAGCGCGAAUCCCACCGCUCCCAGCAGGCGGCCUCUUCGCACACCCAGUCCGGCGGUGCCGGUCGACGAGGUGAGGCGCAACGAGAGCUCCUCCUCUCUCUCAAUGCCGGUUCGUCGAGUCUCAAGUUCAAGGCCUUUGACCGCGCCAAGCUCGCCGGAGCGGGUCGUGUCGCCUCGGCCCUCGUCGUCGCCGGCAGCAUCAAGAUCAAGGACGACAAGGCCGUACUCCGCGUCGGUAACGAUGAUCCAGAGGAGCUCCCAUCAACCGAUCUGACCAACGUCGAGACGCUGCACGGCCUGCUGGAUCGCAUCGCAGCGCACGGGCGCAUCACCCACGUCGUACACCGCAUCGUCCACGGCGCCUCUCUGCCGCAGUGCAUCAGCCUGACGCGCGCCGACGCGUCGGCGCUCGACACCCUCACCUUCCUCUCGUCGUUUGCGCCGCUGCACAACGCCGUGUCCGUCUCCAUUAUCCGCACCCUCCUCUCGCCGUCGACGACGACGAGGCUCGACGAGGCCGCGGUGCACCUCUGCUGCUUCGACACGACCUUCCACCACGCCAUGCCGCCGAGCUCGUACCGCUACCUCGUCGAUCCGCAGCUGGCCGGCAAGCACCUCCCCGGUGGGAUGGAGAUGAGGAAGUGGGGCUUCCACGGCAUCUCGUACUCGUCGAUCCUCGAUUCCCUCUCGCGCCACCUCGGUCCGAGCCUCGGCUGCCGCAGCCGCAGCCGCGACGAGAUUAGCGUCAUCAUCUGCCACCUCGGAAGCGGCAGCAGCAUCUGCGCCGUACAGCGCGGAAAGAGCCUCGACACCACCAUGGGCCUCACCCCGCUCGAAGGCCUACCCGGCGGUACGAGGAGCGGGAGCGUCGACCCCGUCCUCGCUCUCCACAUUUCGCGCGCCGCCUUGUCCUCGUCGUCGGCCUCGACGGCGUCGGACGGUGCCAAGGGCCAGGAUCCGUUUUCGAGCGUCGACCUGGGACAGGGGAUCAAGGUGUCGCAGGCCGAGCUGGUCCUCAACAAGCACAGCGGCUUCAAGGCCAUCUGCGGCACCUCGGACUUCCAACAGGUCGUCGAGAGGCGCAACCAGGGCGACGACGACGCCACCGUGUGCUUUGAUGUGUUUGUCGACAAGAUCGUCCAGACCCUCGGCGGCUACUACUUCAAGAUGGCCAGUACCGGCGUGGACUCCGUCGUCUUUAGCGGCGGGAUCGGCGAGGCGUCGGGCGAUCUUCACCGCGAGCUCGCACGCCGCCUCGAAUCGACGCCGCUCCACGUCGCCGCCGAUGCCGAUGGCGCAACGACGAACGCAGAGCGCCAAGACGACGACGAAGGCGAAGUGGUGCGCCUCGAUCGACGUCGACUUGAUCUGCCCGCCGAUGUCGAGGUCAAUGGCAAGAGAGCGGGCGGUGUGCCCUGGCUCGUCGUCAAGACGGACGAGGAGUCGGAAAUGGCGCGAGAAGUCAAGUCCUACAUGUCCUGGUAA